AUGGGCGACCACUCAGGCGGAGCUGAAAAUUCAACCUCGUCCAGCCUUGGGCUGUUGGACGCGGAGCACGUCGAUGUGGUCCGUCAUGCCUUGCAAAAGAUGUUGGCUGCCGAGAUUGUGGAAACCACAUUUUCCGAAAUAAUAGAUGGGCUUCCGACAAGGGCUUCCUGGCUGGAAUUCGACCUCUGGAACGAGAAGCACCCUGUGAAUUUGCUAAAACACGAAGCAUUGUGUGACGGCGCGCGCGAGAAGGCCAGAAGGUUCCGCGAUGAAUUCGAUAUUUACAUAUUGACUUUCCCACCAUCGAUCUUACAGGACUUUCAAAAGGCAGGGCCGGAGACUAAAGAAUACUUUUUAAGUCUCAUUGAACUACUUGCUCAGUCAUGCCACCAAAUUGCCGCCCGACUGUUCCAGCUUGAUGACGGGUUCCACAAACACAGUAUCUACGAGGCAUGGCGUGAUGCACCAAUAGACCCCCAAUCCAAUCCAUGGCGCGUAGCCCCAUUGCCUUCCGCGUUUUGUCAUGGAUCUUAUGUCUUCCAUGAGCAAUACCCUCAUGGUAUCGCCGAUGUGGUGGGAUAUUGGGCAGAGGCUAGAAUAUUUGGGGGUGUUGUGGUGUUCGAUCGCGGACCUUCUGGUGCCGAGCGAAGAGAAGUGUAUCUACACGCGGGCCACCAGCAGUCCCCGUUAACACUAUUUCCUCCCACGUCAGAUCAGUUUAAAUCCUUGGUGCAGUUUCUUCUUCAGCCCGGCUCUGGCCCGUGUCCCUUACCCAUCGAAGCGUCCCGUCUCAAUGGGUAUCGUUACCACCCGGACGACGCUAUCUCUCGUUUCAACAUCUUUCGUGAUCGAUACGAGAGGAAGGAGCCACCGAUCCGAAGUACGCACCACAGCUGGAAUAAUUCGAGGAAUUGGCCUGAGAUAGAGUAUCUCUUUGAGUUCAUUGCGCUCCAAGAAAAACGUGCUCAGGGAAUAGAGAUAGAUGAGGCAGAACUGAAUGCAGCCGAAGAGGGCAUGCGGCGUAUCACGCCGUCGUCGCCUGACUGGCAAGGUGCUGGCGUGAUGGAUCCUGAGGCGGACCCCAGAGACAGCUCAGAGUAUUUUUAG